AUGGCAGAUCCUUUUCGCGUUGAGCCAAAAGGAAAGUCCUGGGCUGAUAUAGUGGAGGAAGAUGAACAAUCCGACCUUUUGAACUCACAACAUGAGGAGUGUCCUUUAAUCUCUAAGGAGGAUCCCAAUGGGAAGUCUGAGGCUGCUCUAGAAGACGCUCAUGCAGUCUCUGCAAUACCUUCAUUAGAUCAACAGGCUGACAGCAACAAGGAUGACAUAGCUCCGCAAGAGCAGCCUCCUAAGGUAGAGGAUAAACCUAUUCUCACAGGCAGCAGAGCAAGUAAAUGGGCUUCAGCACCGAGCGAACCUCGUGGACAAUCAAAAUGGCAAUCGACCUCAUCCUCUGCUGCAACGUCAAGUUCAACAAACGCUUUCAAGGGAGGAUCCAUGGCCAGCAAGUGGGCCAGUGCGCCAGAUUCUUCAUCUCGCUCUCGUUACGAUAGCAAUCACCAUACACGCCAUGACCGCUUUGGAGGCAAUGAUGAUUACCAUGGUCGCAACACUGAUUUACGUCGCAAUAAUAGAUGGCGAGAGGAUCCCCCUAGUGGUGGAAGACUGAAUCGCAGUGCAUUUGAAGACGAUGAUGUGCGCAAUGGUGGAUUUAACAACAAGGCCAACUUUAGUAGAGAGAGGCGCUACCAAGAAUACCAUGAACUAACAAACAAGGAGGUGGUGAAAGACGAGGCUCCCGAGCACACGAAAGCUAUCGAAGGCUGGAAUGCAUACAAACCUCCUGCUGAAGAGAACGAAGAAACUGCCAAACAACUGGUAAAAGCAGCAAACGAGGUAGAGCAGACUUCAGCAGAUCAGACUACCAAGGAGGAGCAGCAAGGUGUGCCCAUCACACAAAGAGAGGACUUCAAGGAAAUUGAGGUUUCACCAGCAAAAGUUGUCGAACCUGUCAAACCUACAGUGUCAUCCUCACCUUCAUUGAAACCAGUGUCUUCGUUUUCUUGGGCUGAUGAUAUUCCUGAUGACAAUUCAGACGACGAUAGUGAUUAUCCCAUUCCAGCAGAUUGGAUUACGCCUAAAGUGGCCGCUCAUGCUGGUACAACUGAAGUGCAGGAGGCAUCUGCAGCCUCGCAAGCUGCUGAAAACGACAUUACAGGUGAUUUAUCAGCUAAACCUGAUCCAGGAGUUGCAGCCGACGCUAAAAACUCACUACCAGAAGAAGCAAGAUCCGAGCAAUCUCGAUCAGCUGGGGAUACUGGCCCCGUAGAUACAACAACAACAGUAGCAGUAGCUGCAUCAGAGACAACAGCCGCCACUUCACCAACAGAAUCACCAAAAGAAGAGAAACCUACUUAUACUUGGGGAGCAUUGAAUGAUUACAAGGAGCCUGAGACUGUGAUACCCAAAUCAGAUGAUAGUGUUAAGAUUGGCAAGGAACAAGAGGAGGCUGCUAUUGCUGCCUGGAAUUCUGUCAAAUUACCUGAAGAACCAGAAGAAGAGGUCGCUGCUGGUACGACACAAGAAAAGAAGUUAUCUACCAGUCAAGCUACUGAGGAGCAGCCUUCUUGGGAUCAAAGUGUCGAGCAGGAGAAAUCAUCCUGGGGUCAGCCUGGAGAAGAGCAGCCCUCGUGGAGCCAAUCUGCUGUGCCAUCGUGGGGUCAAGCUGAUAAGGAACAACCGAGUGACUCUGUGGAAACUCAACAGCAACAAGAACUUGUACCUGAACCCAAACCAACGUACACAUGGGGAGCACUGGAUGACUACAAGGAGCCUGAAAUAAUAGCACCUAAAUCUCAUAUCAUAAAGGUUGACAAGGAGAAAGAGGAGGCUGCCGUUGCUGCUUGGAACUCUGCCAAUUUCCCUGAGGAACCAGACGAAAAAGCCGUUGCUACUACAAUAGAAGAUGAAAAGCCAUCCUGGAAUCAAGCGACUCAAGAGCAACCCUCAUGGAGUCCAAACGUCGAACAAGUGAAGCCAUCUUGGAGUCAAACCACUGAGAAGAAGCCAUCGUGGAAUCAAUCUACAGAGUCAUCUUGGAAUCUACCCACUGAAACGUCUUGGAACCAACCUGAUGACAAACAACCAAAAGCUCAGAGCCAAGAGCCAGCGUCUGAACCUAAGCCAAUAUACACAUGGGCGGCAUUGGAUGAUUACAAAACGCCUGAGGCGAUUGCCAAACCUAAGCCUGACAUUGUGGUUAUCUCAAAGGAAGACGAGGAGGCUGCUAUUUCGGCCUGGAACAAUGCCAAGUUGCCUGAAGAACCUGAACCAUUGGAGGAAAAGUUUUCAGAACCUGUGAAUGAUACUCCAACAUGGAAUUCUGCCGCUCAAGAUUCUGCUCCUGUACAGCCUAAGCCAUCAUGGAAUGCAAAUGCUCAAGAAUCUGAAGCUGUCAAAGCAGAGCCUUCUUGGAAUGUCACGUCUGCAGAACCCUCAUGGAACACUGACGCUCAAGCAACAUCUUGGGGAGCUGUAGAACAGCCUUCUUGGUCUGAGCCCUCAACUACAGCUAAAUUGAAUACUCCAGAACAACAACAACAACAAGGUUGGGGCACUAACAGUUUCCAAGAAGGUUCAUCUGUCACCAGCAAAUCCUCAUUCAAAGAUACCUGGAGAAACAAGCUGCCCACCACAAUAGAUGAUAACGCAGGUGGUUGGAAAUCGUUUGCAGAGACUAUUGCUGCUUCACCAGAGCCUGCUUCCAAACCCACAGAAAAAGAGCCUACUGCUGCUGCCCCACGAGAGUCUACUUUCAAGAGAACAGACAAAGGAUCUGCUGCUUCAAAGUGGAGUCAUGAUAGAUAUAAUGGUGCCGAAUUGAUUCAUCCUAAACCCUCUCAAAAGAAGCCUCAUAGCCUUUCAUUCAAGUUGAAUGACUUUAAAGAAGCUAAUGGUAAUGAAGUGCAUGUCAGUUGGAAUGACAUCCAAGCACAAGACAGCCCCAAAAUCUCCAUCCAAGACGACAAAUCGGACAGACAAGUAACAGUCGGCCUCAGUGGUUUCAGUCAAGCAAACCCACAGCAAGACAUUGUGCUGCGUCUGAGCGAUAUCACAGCAGGAAGACCAUUAAACAGUGCUCAGCAACAACAACAGCAACAACAACAGCAACAACAAGGGCCACAGGAAGUUGUACUUAGUUUCAGCGAGCUCAACAAGGGCAGAAACGAAGAAAGUAACUCAUUUGCCUCGUCAAAUCCAGCAGCUGAUAUCAGUGAUUCCUCUUCCUCUGGACCCAAGGAGAUUGUUUGCAAAUUGAGCGAUUUUGGUAAAUCGGAUAAACCGGAUGGACCUCUGGACAUUACGUUGAAAUUGUUUUGA